AUGUCGGAACAAACAAUGGACGAUGUCUCCAAGUUUUUGCAAGAUGUCAAGGAGAUGAAUGCUCGCCGAACCGAAGAGGACGACGCCCGCCAACGCGAACUCGACGAAAAGAUACAGCAGGAGAAGAGGGAACGACAGGCUCGUCGCGCAGAACGCGCUCGAUCCAUUUCCCCUCAAAAGUCAUCCCCGGCCAACACCCCACCACCCUCCUCUCGAGGCAACACGACACAGCUUUCCGAUGACCUAAGACUUUCUUCUCCUGGUCUUGAACACACCGGCAGCCCUCGCUCUCACUCACGUGGCAUCGUAGCUCCCGACACCAUGGACAGCUUCUCGACCUCUCCAACCAAGGAGAACGAUUCCCCCUUUGAUGCCGACAGCAAGCGAUCGAGCGUGACCUCUCCUACCGGCGGCGUACAAGGAGCGCGGCCCCUGUCAUGGCAGAGACGCCCCAACUCUCAACAUUCGGAUCGAUCCAAGAACCGUCCUCUGUCCGUCGUUGCUGCCGAGAAUGCGACCAGGACCUCACAGAACACAACUCCAGACCCCCCCUCUGCCACUGAGCAGACCUUCUCCAGGGACCAAAUUUCUCAAUCAUUGGGCUCUAAAGACCCCGCGUGGUUCCGGCAAACGGCCGAUCGAGCCAGCGCCGGCUCGGCUGCCAACCGCAAAAGUCAGAUUGAGGAUACCGACACCAACGACAUGUCCUCAAUGCGCGCCCACCAGCUCCCCGGCAUGAGUCGCAGUCCUUCGACAGACUUAUCUCUCGAGCAGUCUAGUCCGACGAAAGAGAACAGAGUCGGCUCCCCGCUGUCGCUGAGCAGCUCCCAGAAGCUUGACCCCCCCGCCGAGAUCUCCGAGAAUGACCCCACGGCGCUUCGCCGAAAGUCAGUCGUGUCAUCAGGAUCCGGUCGCGCGUCGCCCACGCGACCUGUUUCUCCUACAAAGGGCAUGGGUGGGUUUGUCCAAAGCGCCAUGAUGAAGAGGUCAGAUAGCGUCAAGAGGUGGAGUGUUACGUCUCCCCCAGGCCUCGUGCGCGCCGAUUCAGCUGCAGCAAGUCGGCCUGAGUCUCGCUCCCGUCCGCAGAGCAUGUACAUGCGGGACGGAGCUUCAACACCUACCGGAUCAUCUCACUCUCGGUCUCUGUCCCGCCCCGCUUCCCGCCCUACCUCUCGUCAUAGCAACCAGGAACAACAAGACGAGAUCGAGACCACACCCAAAGCACCUGCUGUGGCACCUCCGUCCGAGGCCAAGCCCGAUGUCAAACCCGUUAUCAAGCCUGCUGUCAAGCCUGAUGUCAAGCCCGAUGUCAAGCCUGAUGUCAAGCCUGAUGUCAAGCUCGACACUAAGCUUGACAACAAGGAGGAGGAAAACAAGGAUGCAACGACGCCGCCAUCAAGCCCUUCAAAGACCAUGGAUACUAGGAGAUGGAGCCCGACGAAGGCAAGCUGGCUGGAAACCGCGCUGAACAAGCCAGAGUCACCAAAACCAAAGCCUCCACCGGUUUCGAACCAGCCAGCCUGGAUGGUGGAGCUCAACAAAGCCAAGGCUCACAAGGCUGCCAACCCCAGUGCCGACCUUGGUCGAAGCGGCUCAGUAUCAUCGCAGAAGCACGAGGUCAGUGUUGGUGGGCUGAUGCGUUCGUCGCCUAUGGGAAGCCAUGUGUCCAAGCCCUCUGUGAGUGGCCUCAAGGGUAUAUAUACACCGCCAGUGCAAACUCACAAGACAGGCGGCAGCAUCAGCAGCCCAAGCUUGCGGACCAGCACGAUCAAAAGCCCGGGCAGCGAGGAUAAGCCUGAAGGAGAUACCGAGGCCGUGAAUAUUCCAAAGCGCUCUUCAGUCUCUGACAGCCCUUCUGUGGCUAAGGUCAAGCCCGAAACCCCUCCCAAGAAGGACUUCCGCGCUGGCUUGAAGUCUAGAAACGUCUCCGGCGACGCUGCUUCUUCCAAAGAACCGGCCAACGAGUUGCAAAACGUUUUUGGUAACUUGCGACGGACAAGGACGCAGAAUUACGUGGCGCCGGAUGAGCUGAAGGGUAACAUUUCGCGCGGCAAAGCAGCCUUGAAUAUGACCGGUGGGCCGAAGCCGAGCGAGCGCAAGGAUGAGUUCAAGGAGGCGAUUUUGAAGAAGAAGCACGACUUCCAGGCUGCUCAAUCGCAGGGCAAGGGCGUGACGAGAACCAAGUCCAAUGCAGCUGAGCACCCUGUUCCGGAAGCUCUGUUGAAGAGACAUGCGUUGAGCAAGUCGAUAUCCGGCAGGUCAGACGCUACUUCGCCUUCCGCUAUCGAGCACCGAAAGUCUGUAAGCGAGAGGCCAAAGUCGUCAUACAGGGAUGAUUCCAACGAGUCGGUCUCUUCGCUCAAGUCGCCGUCCGUCAAGUCGCCCUCUGACUGGUCACCCACGCUCAAAUCGCCUUCCAUUAAGUCUCCGAUGCAACCCGGACCCACGACUGAGGUUCAGAAAGAGAGCAGUGCUCCUACCCGACUUCAAGGGCGCGCCGCUGCUGGGGGCCUAGCGAACCGGUUCAAUCCUGCACUUGCAGGACUUUUGGCUCGUGGCCCCCCUCCUAUGACUACCAAUGGAGCGCGCGACGCUGAGAAGUCGGAAGAAUCCAGCGGGGCGCCCGCCGAACCCACGGCUCCAGGACCUCAGCUUACACACAUGACUAAGGGUCGUGCUCGUGGACCGAGAAGAAAGGCGCCGUCUUCCAAAACUACCUCCGCGGCUGGACCCGGCGCAGAAGUGGCAAGCGAAUCUAAGCCCGGUCCGGAUUCCGUCUCACCGGCGAAGGAAGAACCGCCUGUGGUGGUAGACGAAGCCAAAAAGAGUUCUGAAAAGGAGGCGCCGUUGUCCAUCCAAGCUCAAGUCGCUGCUCAAGCAGCUGCCAAGAACAGGCCCGCACCUCUCAAGCCCUUUGGAACCUCUGCUGAGGCCCACGCUGAGAGGCCUGCUGAGAAGUCUCCAGAGAAGCCUCUUUUUCCCGCCAAGGAGGAAGAGCCUGUCUCAAAGCGCAGGUCCCGAUCUCCUACGAUGAAGCUCCAGGCUUCCCCGAUCAAGCCGGUCGAGGAGAAACCCAGCGAACCCGCCUCCCAGCCCACCUCACCUAAAAAGCUGGAUAUGAAGCGAAUGUCAAGGUUCUUCGAAGAGAACCAGUCGAGCCAAAAGCCUGAAAGUCCUAAAAGGGAGAGCCCCAAGAUGGAAAGCCCCCCCAAAACGGGCAUUCCGCCUAAGAUGGACAGCCCGACGCAAGAGAGCCCCAAGAUGGAGAGUCCCAAGAUUGUCAGCCCAAGAAUCGAGACUUCUAAGGUUGUCAGUCCCAAGAUUGCCAGUCCGAAGAGGGAAAGCCCGGCUUCCUCGCCGAGCAUCAAGCCGAAGCCCGUAUUUGAGAAGCCCUUCAGCCCUCCACCUCAAAAGGCGGAAGAGGUCAGACCAAAGCCAGUAUUUGAGAAGCCACCUAGCCCUGCACUCCAGAAAACCGAAGAAGUCUCUCCGGUCAAGACUUUCGGACGACCUCUUCCCGAGCCUAAGCCGAGUUCUCCGGCAAAAUCUUUCUCGGACAAGGUGAAGGAAGUUCCUGCGCCCAUCAAGACUUUCGGACGCCCGCUGCCCGAACCAACUCCCAGGUCACCUACACGGUCUCCCGUUCGGUCGCCGCCGCCCAAUGAGCAGUUUGAUAGCCCUCACGUAGCACCUCUCAGAACCUUUGGCCGACCUCUGUCGAGGCCUAGUUCGCCUCAAAAGUCGAAUGACAGGGUUGACAGCGAGCCUGUGGUAUCCGUCAAGAAUGCUGCUUCAAUGUUCGGCGGGGCUGUCGUACGGUCGCCACCUCUCGAGGCUAAGUCGCGAUUCGAGAGCCCUGCGCCCCCAGUCCAAAGGACCGGUACUCCCACGAGGAUUUCUACCAGGCCUCUACCUAUUCCACCGAAGCCUUCUUCUCCAACACCCAUCGCGUCUCCUGUUCGAUCCCCCACAAAGUCAAGCUCGGAGGUUUCAAGUCUGUUGGAUGACUUCUUUGGCACGCCGCGACCACAGAGAGAGUACCGCCUUGACACCACGGAAAUACUGAUGAACAAGCCCCGGGUGCGCGACAUUCAAAGUCAGGGCACGAGACUGUUCCAAAUUACUGGAGACGGAAAGAAGAUCCCUGUCCAAGCACAUAAUGAACGUAUCUUGUUCGAGCGGGAAAUGUACAUUUGCGCCCACACAUUCGCCAACGAGUCUGGUAGAAAAGAGACGGAGGUGUACUUCUGGGCCGGUGAUGAGGUAUCAGCGGCAACUGUGGAAGACACCACUCUCUUUGUCAACCGGGAGGCUCGUUCGCUCGGUGGCAAGGUCGUCAAGAUGCACCAAGGCAGAGAAACCCCAGAGUUCAUCAUGGCACUCGGAGGCAUGAUCAUGACCCGCCGCGGUACCAACACCAAAUACGACUCCUUGGCACCCAGCAUGCUAUGUGGCCGCCGGAUGCUAGGCCAGGUUGUAUUUGACGAGGUUGACUUCUCAUCUGCGAGCCUUUGCUCUGGGUUCCCUUUCUUGAUUACACAGUCAGGAAAGUGCUACCUCUGGAAGGGCAAAGGCAGUGAUGUAGAUGAGUUGAGUUGCGCCCGUCUCAUUGGUAUGGACUUGAGCUUGAUGGGCGAGCUCCUGGAAAUCGAGGACGGCAGCGAGCCGGAUAGCUUCUGGGCCAUCUUUCAUGAUGGCACGAAGCCGCACUCUGCAGACCAUUGGCGUUUGAAGUCCAACUACGACAAGUACUGCCAAAGACUCUUCCGUUCCGACGCGUCUGUGGCUCAGCAGGUCUCCGAAAUCAGCCCGUUUACUCAGGCUGACCUGGACCCUUCGUCAAUCUAUGUAUUGGAUGCCUUCUUUGAAAUGUACAUCAUUGUCGGCAGAACAGCGCAGAGCGAGUACAGCUCCUUCCGCAACGCCCUCGACUUUGCGCAGGAGUAUGCCAUUUUGGCCAGUGGCAUGGAAGAUCGGCCCUUUAUCCCUAUCUCGACGGUCGUGUUGGAGGGCAUCCCGAAAGACCUCAAGAGCGUGUUUCGCAAGUGGCGAGACGAGUCCAGUCCGACCAUUAUGCCCCCCAAGGCGGCGUCCGGUCUGAAGCGCGGAAGAUCUUUGCGCGUCGUUCCCCUCACGCACGCUCUCCAGGCUCUUAGUGAGUAA